ACCGGGAGCGCGCAGGCGCAGCGGUCCCGGAGUCCCGCCAGCGGUCCCGGAACCAGCGGUCACGCCCGUGCGGGUGGCGCCGCUGCCACCGCUCACCAUGGCCCCGGGUCCUCGGCUGCUGCUAUCGCUCGUGCUUUGCGUCGGGCUCGGCGCUCUCGUGUCUUCUUCGGGGGCCGGGGGCUUCCGCAAGCGAGGCCCCUCGGUGACGGCCAAGGUCUUCUUUGAUGUGAGGAUUGGAGACAAAGAUGUUGGCAGAAUUGUGAUUGGCCUCUUUGGAAAAGUUGUGCCCAAGACAGUGGAAAAUUUUGUUGCUCUAGCAACAGGAGAGAAAGGAUAUGGAUAUAAAGGAAGCAUGUUUCAUCGUGUCAUCAAGGAUUUCAUGAUUCAAGGAGGCGACAUCACUGCUGGAGAUGGCACUGGUGGCGUGAGCAUCUAUGGUGAGACGUUUCCAGAUGAGAACUUCAAGCUGAAGCACUAUGGCAUUGGGUGGGUCAGCAUGGCCAACGCUGGGCCUGACACCAACGGCUCUCAGUUCUUCAUCACCUUGACCAAGCCCACCUGGUUGGAUGGAAAACAUGUGGUAUUUGGAAAAGUCAUUGAUGGGAUGCUGACUGAAGUAGCUCUUUCAGCUCCUAAACGGGCUACCGUGAAAUCUGCCUGACCCAGGCCUGGACUAUCCUUGUCUCCAUUGCCCUCUUCCAUAUUUUAUUUUGUUUGUUUCCAUGUGACUUGUUCUGCCUCCCUCAUCCAAAUGUAAAUAAACCAAUCUUGCUCACUGCAGUUCUUCCACAACUACCUGCUCUUCUGAUUCUACCUAACAAGUUUGGGAACUGAGCUGGUAGCCUCAGCACUGUUUGGGAAACCCACCAAAAACCUACUUCCUUGCUCCGUAACCAGUUUUAACCUCCUUCAGUGUGAAAUGCAGUUCUUUUGGGCUUGUAAAGCCUUCCAGGGUAGAGAAAGGUGCCUUCGCAGCACUGUGAGGACUUGGGGUUUUAGGCUCAACUUAUAGGUUAAUGGCUUGGGCCACCUUUAAAAUGGACAAACGUAGAAGUAGGUCUACUUCUAGAACUGCCUUCUGGCCCAUUUUAUCAUGUCCAGACCUAUCAUAGGAUGGAGCUGAAACUGACUCAGAUUCCAUGUUAACUCUUACAGUGGCUUAUAGCAGGUGAAUGGAAAUGCCUUUCAUUAGAGCUGGGUGUUUACAAAAAUCUUUUUUUUAGAAUACAAAAUGCUUAUUUAAAAAUAAGUGAGGAAAUAUACCAGUGUGGUCUCUGAGUAAGAAGGUCAUGGAUGAAUUUUAUUAGGUGAUGUAUAUAUUUUCUGAAUGUUUUAAGUUUUCCACAGUUAGCAAGCAUGGUUUUAGUAGUCAAAAAAAAAAAGAAAA